GGGCGACGAUGUGGUUCAUGUACGCGCUGAGCUGGGUCGCGCUCCUCGUCCAGGCCGCCUUCGUCACCCUCGGCAUCGCGGCUGGAUUGUACUACCUGGCGGAGCUGAUAGAAGAAUACACAGUGGCCACAAGCCGGAUCAUCAAAUACAUGAUCUGGUUCUCCACGGCUGUGCUGGUCGGCCUGUAUCUCUUCGAGCGCUUCCCGGGUCUCCUGGUGGGCGUGGGUCUCUUCACCAACCUGGUCUACUUCGGAUUGCUGCAGACCUUCCCCUUCAUCAUGUUGACCUCCCCCAAUUUCAUCCUCUCCUGUGUGCUGGUUGUGUUGAACCACUACCUGGCCUUUCAAUAUUUCGCAGAGGAAUAUUAUCCCUUCUCGGAGGUCCUGGCCUAUUUCACCUUUUGCCUUUGGCUGAUCCCCUUCGCCUUCUUCGUGUCUCUGUCGGCUGGCGAAAACGUCCUGCCUUCCACCGUCCAGCCUGGAGACGAUGUGGUCUCCAACUACUUCACCAAAGGGAAGCGAGGGAAGCGUUCGGGAAUCCUCUUGGUCUUCUCCUUCAUCAAGGAAGCCAUCUUGCCCAGCCGACAGAAGAUGUACUGAUGUCCCCCCCCUCCGGCA